CCGCGUGUCUUCGCGUCCGCAGGCGACGACGCCAAAGUCAGGAUCUGGAAGCCGGCAACCUCCGCUUGCAUAUCUUUCGGCGUUGGGCGGGCCAUUGUUGGGGCAUGACUUUCCAUGGUACCAGUAUGCAUUUCACGGCGGCAGCGGCAAACGACCUCAUCUAUUCCCCCACUUCUUGCACUUCAUACGACAUGGCUUCGGAGUUUCGGCACUUCAGCAGAUGCUUGUGGUUCGGUCGGUUUGCAUUCGGGGGCAUUGCGGGCUGUAUGGGAUGCAGUAGGUAUGAUCUGCCAGCAUUUUGUUAGACAUCUGUCAUUUCUCUCGUUUUCAUGCUUAUUACCCCACUGGCGGGGCGAAGAGGGGGACCCCUAGGUUUGGGAACGGGUUGUACGUUGUCCGUGUUGGAGAGCCGGAAUGUGCUGCAGGGACGGCCAUUCGGUGCAAUGAAUGAGGUUGAAUAAGGGCUGUGGCUG